CAAUUACGUCACUGCGUCAGCGCCAGCGUCGGGACGGGGGCACGGAACUGCUGUAGGGUCGACGAAUAAUCGGAGAUGAAGGAGAAAGAUGGAUAUUAAAUAGCAGUAUUAAAGCUGUAGCAGUGACUUGCCGAUACUACGAAUAUCUGCGUCCUCACUUCAAAGCGAAUGUUGUAUGAGGACUUGCGGAGGAAGAGCUUUAAUCGCAGAAAGGUAGCUAAUGUAGGCAGAGUUGGGGAGGGCUGUAGCUGCUGGGGUUUUUUUUGGAGAGGGAAAACAACAUGGCUGCGGUGGAGCUCGAAUGGAUCCCAGAAACACUGUACAACACGGCUAUAUCGGCUGUAGUGGACAACUACAGCCGAUCAAGAAGGGACAUACGCUCGCUCCCAGAAAAUAUACAGUUCGAUGUCUAUUAUAAGCUUUACCAGCAGGGCCGGCUCUGCCAGCUUGGAGGAGAGUUCUGUGAGCUGGAGGUGUUUGCCAAAGUAUUGCGGGCUUCAGACAAAAGACACCUCCUGCACCACUGUUUCCAGGCCCUGAUGGACCAUGGUGUGAAAGUUGCCUCAGUUCUGGCAAACUCCUUUAGCCGCCGCUGCUCCUACAUCGCAGAGUCUGACGCCCAUGUCAAAGAGAAGGCCAUUCAGUUCGGCUUUGUUCUAGGUGGAUUCUUGUCUGAUGCGGGCUGGUAUGGAGAUGCAGAGAAAGUGUUUCUGUCGUGCCUGCAGCUUUGUACACUCCACAGUGAGGUCCUCCAUUGCUACAGGGCUGUGGAAUGCUGUGUCAGGCUGCUCCAUGUCCGCAAUGGCAACUGUAAGUACCACCUGGGGGAGGAGACCUUCAAGCUUGCUCAGUCUUACAUGGACAAACUAGCCAAACAUGGCCACCAGGCCAACAAGGCAGCGCUAUAUGGCGAGCUUUGUGCCUUGCUCUUUGCUAAAAGUCACUAUGAUGAGGCAUACAGGUGGUGUAUAGAGGCUAUGAAGGAAAUUACUCCAGGGUUGCCUGUCAAAGUAGUGGUUGAUGUUCUUCGGCAAGCGUCAAAGGCCUGUGUGGUGAAAAGGGAGUUCAGAAAAGCAGAGCAGCUGAUCAAACAUGCAGUGUUUCUAGCAAGAGAACAUUUUGGACACAAGCAUCCCAAGUACUCUGACACGCUGCUAGAUUAUGGAUUUUACUUGUUAAAUGUAGACAACAUAUGCCAAUCAGUGGCUAUUUACCAGACAGCUCUGGACAUCCGACAGUCUGUUUUUGGGGGGAAGAAUAUCCAUGUUGCCACAGCCCAUGAAGACCUGGCCUACUCCUCAUACGUGCACCAGUACAGCUCUGGAAAAUUUGACAACGCUCUAUUCCACGCAGAACGUGCCAUAGACAUCAUAACUCACAUUCUGCCUGAGGACCAUCUGCUGCUGGCCUCUUCCAAAAGAGUCAAAGCCCUGAUCCUGGAGGAAAUUGCCAUUGACUGCCACAAUAAAGAGACAGAAGAGCGCCUUCUGCAGGAGGCUCAUGACCUGCACCUCUCGUCGCUUCAGCUGGCCAAGAAGGCCUUUGGAGAGUUCAAUGUCCAGACAGCCAAACACUACGGCAACUUAGGACGACUCUACCAGUCCAUGAGGAAGUUCAAGGAGGCAGAGGAGAUGCACAUCAAAGCCAUCCAGAUCAAGGAGCAGCUUCUGGGCCAUGAGGACUAUGAGGUGGCUCUGUCUGUGGGUCACCUGGCGUCCCUCUACAACUACGACAUGAACCAGUAUGAAGACGCAGAGAGGCUGUACCUGCGCUCCAUUGCUAUCGGUAAGAAGCUGUUUGGAGAGGGUUACAGCGGGCUGGAGUACGACUACCGAGGCCUGAUCAAACUCUAUAACUCUGUUGGAAAUUAUGAGAAGGUGUUUGAAUACCAUAACGUGUUGUCCAACUGGAACCGACUGAGGGACCGGCAGUUUGCUGUGGCAGAUGCUCUGGAGGACGUCAACACUACACCCCAGCAGACCCAGGAGGUGGUGCAAGCUUUCUUAUUGGCUCAGAGCCUGGGCCCCACCCGCCCCUGUCUUGGCUGAUUUUAUGAGGGAUGAAAGAAAAAAAGACGAUGGCUUUAGCCUGGUGAGGACACGAAAUUAGCCCAAAUGUGAUGCUUCAGUUGCACACAGUUAUUUAGUAAUACACAGUAAAUUCAAGAAACGUUGGCAAGUCAGUUGGGUUUAUUGUCAACUGCAGCUGCCAGUGUACACACACACAAAUAAAUACACAUUUAGUCAUGGAAUAAAAAUAGUAGAGAAGACACCGUUAUCAAACCUCAUUGACACCCACACAAACCACCAAGAUGCAACUUCAGACUGGAUGCAGCUUCACCCCACAGAGCAGACUGUUGCAUUUCUCCAAGAGAAAGAAAACACGCGACUGAGGGGCAGAAAUAAAAAAAAAACCUCAAACAUCCUGUAAGGAUGACAGAUGACCUCUCCUCUAGUCUUGCUCGCCUUUUUCUUUUCAGUUUGGAAUCGGAAGACAUUUUUGCUUUUGUAUUUGAGCCAGUGUAGCUCUGAAUGCCAUGAGACUCAUCACAGAUCAAAACCAUGUUCUCCAGGACUAUGUACAUUUCAGUACCUGGACCCCACAUCUGUGAAAAAUGUGUUUCAGCCCACAUCCAUCAGCAUCAUCACUUUGGCGGAUCACAGAUGGAAGUUGUUGAAUAUUUUUGACACUUGUACAGUGAAAUAAUACAGCAGAUUGUACACUUAAGUUUCAGUUGAAGGCUUCUUGGUUACUUCUUUGCAAGAAACUUAAAGUGAACCCUAAGAAGACGUCCUAUUUUGAACUGCUUGGUGGAGAGAGAUUAAACAGUGGAAUGUGUUGAAUCAGUGGGUAUAUUGUUACACAUAACAGGCUUCACAGGUCUUGUUUUCAGUUUAUUAUAUCUGUUUUUCCAGCUUAGUCCUGACAUAGCAUAAUUAAAAUGCCAAUAACUUAUAUGCAGAUGUGUAUGUUCAUGUAGCCCUUUGUUUAUGCUUUUCCUACUGAGUGAGCCGUGAAUUCUAAAGGAACAGCUCAACACUAUUACAUUAAAAAUAAGGGACAUGAAUAGGAGUGAAAAGAGGAAGAUGCUACAUGUACAGGGGCUUAAGCCUCCCUUCAUUUGCUAAUUUUAAGGUGUGGCUUCCUGUAUGAGUGUGUACGUGUGUGUUAGUUUUCACAGAUAGAACUCUGGGUGCCCAAGUGCUCCACUGAUGACUACCAGCCUUACACCAGCUUGCAGUUAUCUGUCUGUAGACGGACCCAUACUUUUAAGUGCUAAAUAAACUAUUAUACCCUUAAGGGCACUACAAUGGGACCAAUAUUGUACAUGUGUGAGUGUGUGCAUGUGAGAGAGUGAGUGUGUUGUCAGCCUGUCUACCUGUACAUCUGGCCUUUCCUCUCCACUCCAUCCUGUCAGAUAUCCCAUUAAUGCAAAGGGUUUUUUGUUUUGGGGCCUGUUUUUCCGUCGGCUUCUGUCAGUUUUUUCUGACCAAAAUCUCAUUUAUUGUUUCAUUACGGAGCUAAAUGAGGAAAAAAUCUUUCUCAACAUUUUAAUGCUGUGACGCUCACUUUGUAAUUACUCGUCAGUAAAAAUGAUCGUUCCCAGCAGUCUGUUGCUUCAGUGACUUUGCUGGUUGGCCACAGUUGCUGGCCUGCAUGCACAUUUAAAGGAUCAGUUCAAAAAAAAAAAAAAAGUUCUCACGUACCUGAAGUGCAGUGGUUCCCAAACCUUUACCAGAUCUAGGCUGGUCAGUGUUGAGAUUUGAGAGUUUAAAAAUGUGUAUCUGCUGUUCAUUCUUUAUACAUAAAGACAUAACCUAAACAGAAGUGUGCAAUAUUAUUCAGAUGUGAGGAUCCCUUGCAUUUGGUUAAUUUCAACAAAGAUAUGUGCUUACAUUUUUUACAGGGUAACAAGUUGUGAGUGAUCAAGUGGAUAAACUUUGGAAUAGCAACACUGUCUAAAUUACCUCAAACAUAUCUUUGGCAUUUCUCUACUGACAUUUCCUAUGAUUUUUCCUGCCAUCUAAUAACAUAAUAUCAGCCAAUAUAUUGACCUAAUUGAUUAUUCUUUCUAGCUCUGUUUCUUGCCCCCUAAUGCAAAGCAAGAUCUACUUUGCUUUUGUGUUUUUGAGUGAAUGCCGGAGUUUUGAGCAGAUCAUUUGUAGAGUGCUUUUACCCUCUCAGUCUAUUAAAGAGUUUAUGAGGACCUGUCAUCCUAAGGUCUAGGUUGGGAACCGCUGAUUGCUCUGGUGGCGUCUAGCUGUGCAGAAAGUUCUGGUUUUAACAUCACAGGGAACUGUGAAAACCAUCCGUAUGAAAACUGGAGUCAGAGGGACACUUGAAAGGAAAUUUUGCUGUUGCCUCUUUUUUAAUGUAAACUUUCAGUACUACUAAUUGCAUUCACUGUCAUUGGCAGAGGCAUAAAUGUCAGAGAUGGUUAUAUCUGAAUGAGAAUAACUAUCUGCAUGGCUGAACACGAUUCUACUAAUUUGGAUAAACUGACCCUUUAAAGUCAUGCAGAAUGAAAAGUCAUAGCUGUGUAGUAAUGGAUAAAUGAAGAUAAGCAUGGCAUUUGUUGUGUAGAGAAAUAACUGAUGAGAUUUUGCUCUGAAAAGUUGCGCAGUGAUGGAAAACGUGAAAACAGAGUCCAGCUAGAAAAGUAAAUUAGGCAUUAAUAUCUGCAACAUUACUGAAAAUGUGAUGCCUUUAAUAAGUACCCCACUUUUUUUUUUUUUUUAAUGAAUGAAGAAAAGAAGCUUUGCCUUGCUGUUGCUUCAGUGCUGUCGGACAUCUCCCUCUCUAGCAGUGAUGUGAGUGAGUGGCUCCAGCUGAGGAGGUCCAGCCUUAGCCCCUUAAAAGGACGCUCAGCUACACUCUUGGUGCUUCAACAGGCGCACCCCCUUCCCAACACACACCCUCCCUCCAGGUGAAAUUUUGUCCAGGGCAUACCUGCAGUUGGUAUUUCCAAACAGGUGAAGAUUUAAGAUAAGAUUUGUACCAUAAUGCAGAGAAGUGUACUGUAGAGCUGGGCAUUAUUACAAUGGUCAAUACAUAUCUUCUUGUCCCUAAAAAUCAAUAAUUGCAAAAUCCACCCUGAGAUACUGCUACACUGACUGCUUUUAAUCAAAGGUCAUUUCUCAACUUGUUGAAUUGCAUUCUGGCCUAUUAAGGCUGCUAUUUUCAAGCUAUUGGCAAGAGAUUUCUGCAUCUUCUGCAAUGGAUUUUUCUCUGUACCAUCUGUGAAAGUUCUAGAAAGAUCCUCUUUUCCACAGAUUUUGACAGGAAACAUUUUCUGUUCAAACUAACUGAACUAUCUUGCCAUGAUGUCACAUUUGUUUGGCCAACAGCAAAAAGGAAAAUACAUGUUAAAAACAUAGACUCAGAAAUGUGAUUUUUUUUAAACAGUGUUUAUUUGUAUUGAGGUGUUUUGCCUUUAAUAAUGACCCUGAGAAUUCAGCUGACUGAUGGAAUGUAGGCGACAAGGUUUGACUUGACAAUAUCUACUGAUAACUGAAAGGGAAUGAAACAGUUUCAGUGCUGGAGGGGGUGGAGGGUCAAAGGGCGUGUGCUUGCUGAGAAAGUUGGACAAAUACAGUAAAGCUGUGAUCUCUCCUUUCUCUCUAAGAGUUCAGAUGAGAUGACUGACACCAAAUGCGAUGCGGGGAUGUUUCACUGUUGUCUUGUUACUGCUUCACUGUUAGCUGCAAAAACAUUAAAACUUAUAUCAUUGAUCACAA